UGCUCUUUGUUGUUUACUUUUUUUGCUCAUUUACAUUGAACGCGGGCGAGUUAACACAAUACAAUGAGUGCUGAAAUAUCCGGCUUUCGCCGAUUCCUACACUGGGGUCCGAUCACAGCCUUGAGCAUUAUCAAGUGCAUAACGCUGACGACGCUCUACAUGAACUCGAUGUGGUGGCCACCGAAUGAAUCAUUCGCCGCCUUCGCCCACCAGGCCCUCUUCCUGCUGCUCUCCACGCUGGCCACUUUCAAUUACGUCAUGGCCACGUUGACAGGUCCCGGCCUGUUGCCAAAACAUUGGCGACCCAAGGAUCCCAGGGACACGCAGUUUUUGCAGUAUUGCAAGAAGUGUGAGGGCUACAAGGCCCCCCGCUCCCAUCACUGUCGCAAGUGCGAUCGCUGCGUCAAGAAGAUGGAUCACCACUGCCCGUGGAUAAAUCACUGCGUUGGCUGGGCCAAUCACGCAUACUUCACGUACUUCCUGCUAUUCUCCAUCCUGGGCAGCAUGCAGGGCACCGUGGUGCUGUGCUGCUCCUUCUGGCGCGGGGUCUACCGCUACUACUAUCUCACCCACGGCCUGACGCACCUGGCCAGCGUCCAGUUUACACUGGCCAGCAUUAUCAUGUGCAUUUUGGGCAUGGGCCUGGCCAUCGGCGUUGUCAUUGGCCUGAGCAUGCUGCUGUUCAUCCAGAUGAAGACGAUUGUAACCAACCAGACGGGCAUCGAGAUCUGGAUCGUGGAGAAGGCGAUCUAUCGCCGAUAUAGGAAUGCCGACAGUGACGAUGAGUUCCUCUAUCCCUACGAUUUGAAAUGGCGCCAGAAUCUUCGACUGGUCUUCAAUGACGAGUGCCAAAAGUGGGGCGACGGCAUUGAAUGGCCGGUGGUGGAAGGCUGCGAUCAAUACACAUUGACGCGUGAGCAACUGGCCCAGAAGGAGGAGAAGCGGGCCAGAACACGCACCUACAGAUGCAUUAGUCCCGUCACGGGACGCUGGCUACCGCUCUUUUCGCAGGGCUGGCGGGUAUGCCUGGCCGCUCCCUGCUCCGAUGAGCCGCGUAUCCGUCUAAGACCGGACGACGUCAUAAAAGUAACUCGCUUCCGCAACCACUGGCUGUUUGGGGAGCGUGUACUCUCAGAGCAGGAACUGGGCGACAAGAAGCGUCAGCGCAAAGGUCAGCUCCGCGGCUGGUUCCCACGUCGCAGUGCCGUCGAGCUCAUUGAGGUGCCAGAGGAUGGCGUCGGUGAUGGCGGCGACGCCUCUAGUGAGGUGCCUACGACGCAGAAUGGCAACGCUCAUAUCCAUCUCAAGCAGCAGCAAAAGAAUGGACAUGCCAAGAAGUACAUGUAGCCGGAUGGGGCAGGGCGGAACCAUGGCGAUAACGGCUUGUAAAUAGAAUUAGAAUCCGCUUGGACGCUCGUCUCUCUCUCACGCUUGGCCAGGCCGCCGUCUCAAUUACUCUGUUAACACUGUCGACCAAUAAACCAUCGCGAAAAUCUA